AUGAAGGCUCCUUACUCCUUGUCCUGCCUCCUCCUCUUCAGCUUGGGAGCCUGCGUCCCUCCCGACGCCAGAAAGGAGACGGGAGAGCCAGGGGACGGGGUCCGGUUUGAGACAAGCUGGCAGGAAACGGCAGACGACACCUCCCCGAGCGGCCUAAGGCAGCGGAGAUUUGAAGACCUCAGCUCCCUGUUCAGCGUGGCCAAGGAGCUCCAGGGCUUUGGCAAGGAGAGGGCAGGCUUCAGGUUCAGGUUCGGGAGGCAGGAGAGCCGGGAAGAGGAAGGCGAAGGGGUCGGUUUCCUGCGGGGGGACGGCGAGAAGCGCAGCGGCACCCUGGGGAACCUGGCGGAGGAGCUCAAUGGCUACAACAGGAAGAAAGGGGGAUUCAGCUUCCGCUUUGGCAGAAGAUGA